UUACUGGAUGGAAUGGAGAAUGGGAAGGCGGAAUGGAGGAGGAAGAGGUGGAGGUGGAGGAAGAAGAGGAGGUGGUGGUGGUGGUGAUUUAGGAAGCGCAUGGCAGGGUAGCGGCAUGCGGGCGGGAGGCGGGGGGCUGAAGGAGGGAGUGCGGGCGGGAGGAGGAGUGUGUUGGCCUCUCAUUCCACUUGCCCGUAGCGACGCGAGCACACACACUGGCGGUGGCGGCUCCUCCCGCGGCCUCACGUGGACUCCACACGCCUGCCGAUCGAAACACACUCUUGUUAUCACUAGCUCAUAGCAAUAACCAAGUGCCUCUGUACCAGGACGUGACGCUGUGACGACGGUGACGAGUACAACACUUCUAGUACAAGGGUGUCUGUUGCAUGUGCGUGCGUGCGUGCGUGCCUGUGUGUGCGUGUUGUUAUUGAUGUUUGGUACACACACAGACCCACUUGGCAGGGCACGCACACGGUAAUGGUGCACACACUGCUUUAAGUAACUGCCUUGGCCACUCAGUGACUCCCUAGAGAGAGAGAGAGAGAGAGAGAGAGAGAGAGAGAGAGAGAGAGAGAGAGAGAGAGAGAGAGAGAGAGAGAGAGAGAGAGAGAGAGAGAGAGAGAGAACAGGAAAGGACAUAGACAGACGGGCGUACAGAGACAUAAACAUUCAGACAUGCAGACAGACUCAUAAAGACAAUCAUACAUAGACAAAACUACAUUUCGAAAAACAAACCGAAAAAACUAGAACAAUAAGAAAGAAAAAGAAAAAAAAAACAUAUCAAAGACAACAAACUGGAGAGAAAAGAAUCUGAAGUGAUAAAAAAAGAAAUAUCUAAGUGAAGAAUUAAUUAACUUGCGAUGAAAAAACAAAACAAAAAAAAAACAAACAAAACAAUCCGUAGCAGGACCAUGAACUAGAACAAGUAUUGUAACGCAGUCUUUGUCGUCACUGGGAAGCGAACAACUUAUUAACGAAAGAAAGAAACAAUAUAGACAAGAAAAGGUUUUGCCGCGAGUAAAACAACCCAUGAAUUUUAAGCUUCGCACGACACCUUUCACUUCACGCCGCACAUUUCUCCGUCACACGUCACCGUAACAGACUGAUGAAGUUAAGAAGUAAUGCAUCACCAUAUUUUCUCAUUUUGUGGCUUCGCGGCUUGAAGUGGCGUACGCAACUCUGAUUUAGUGAACCCGUUAACUUGACAAGAACUCACCGGUAUCACCGUAAGCAUCAACAUCCCGACAGAGGCAAGAUGGCAGGCGUUCUGGGAACCUUCAUGCGACACUCUCGGGCUCGCUCGGAGAUGCAGCGACGCCGAGAGGCACUCAAGGCCGAGAGAGAAGCCCGCAGCAAGAGUGGCUCCGUCGACGCAGUACCAAAGAGUCAGCAAGGGAAGGGGAUUGCCGUCCAGAAAGGAGGAACGCCUUCCAAGAACAACAACAAGCAGGUUGCCAAGCCUAGCGCCCAGAAGACCCAGGUGAAGCAGGCGCCAUCCAAGGUGCAGGUGAAGGGCGGCAAGAAGGGCAAGAAGGGCCUCAAACACCAACAGUACGACCUCAUUGUCACCAUAGAUCUGGUUGAAUACGGACUGACAGAUGACCUGGUGGCGGAGUUCAAGGAGGCCUUCAUGCUCUUCGACAAGGAUGAGGAUGGUAUGAUCACUACUGCAGAGCUCGGAGUAGUGAUGCGCUCCCUCGGCCAGCGACCCUCUGAGACGGAGUUGAGGAAGUUGAUGGGUGAAGUGGAGACAUGCGGGGACGGGAUCAUCGAGUUCAAUGAGUUUCUGCAGAUGAUGAGUAAGAAGUUGAAGGACAUUGGCAACGAGGAUGAGCUGAAGGAGGCUUUCAAGGUGUUUGACAAAAAGAACUCUGGGUAUCUUUCAUCAACGGAGCUGCGCCACGUCAUGACCAGUAUGGGGGAGAAGAUGUCCGAGCAGGAAGUGGAGGACAUGAUCAAGGAGGCAGCCCCCAACGGAGACGGGAGGGUCAAUUAUGAGGAGUUCGUGAAUAUCAUAGCAAGAAAGCACUAAGGUGACCCGGCCACCACAACCUUGCAUACAUGUCGUGUACAUAGGUUUUUGUACUUUUGUAGGAUUAUUUUACCUAAUCUAUUUUGUUAGAACAUCAAAUAUUCCCCUAACAUGCACGGAAGGCUAACAAUGGCGUUUGUGUGGUGCUGGCUGCGGCAGGACGUGUCUCUGCUCCUCGUCGUGCGUGCCUCGCAUGCCGCCGCAAGCCGAGCGCCGCCGAGAGGCGAGGCUCCGCAACGUGCCACUCUCCACCCUCUGAAUGCUGCAUCCUGCACCAUUCAUUGAAAUUCUCUGAUGGUGAGGGAAAUAAGUUGUACUAAAAAGUUGAGAAGAGCCCAGCCACCACAGCAACCCAUUGUCAGUCUUCUGUACUGCUGAAGAAUCAAAAUACAAUAACCUGUUUCAUUACGAAAUGAAAGAAGAGUAGGUUUUGUUUGUUUCUGAAAUAUACGAGGUAAGUGGGAGGGCGAGGUUCGGCAAGGCCCGGCGGGGCGGAGAGGUGGGCGGCCCCGUCCUCACCCGUGCCGGCGACCAACACUCCCGCAGGUUAUUAUGCGUUAGCUUUUACUUUUUUACUGUUUAUUUUAGCAAGAAAUGAACAGGGAGGAAGACGUCUGUCAUUGUUGUUUUAGAGACCCAAUGGAAAAUACAAUUGAAGUGCAUUACACAAAUCACACAAUAAUAUAUAAUGUACAUAUAUAAAUAUAUCAGUCGUAUAUACUAUUUAUUGCAAAAUCAUAUUUUAGAAUGAUAGGAUGUUCUACUGUUUUAUUGUUAGUACAUAUAUAUAAACAUAUAUAUGGGUAUUCACAUAACAGUAGCUUUCAUGAAAGCAAUUGAUGAAUUUAUAAAAUUUUGUUGAGGUAAAGUAUGCUCCCAGGAAUGUUAACACUGUGUUGCUCAGCAAUACUAAAUUGCAGUGAUGAAAAUGUUACUAUUCCAAGGCUUCCAAAGAGGGAGGCGGCAGCCCGCCCCCGCGCCACGCACAAACCUUUUACGGUGUUCUCCACUCCCUGCCGAGGAGGGCAGCAGGCCGAGCCUUGAACACCCAAAGGAAACAGCAGAUGGAAUCGAACAAAGAUGCCGACGAUGAGCCGGUGUGGCCGUGGCCUGUGGUGAGGCUGUCACUCGAGGGAAGAAACAUUUCCUUUCUUCUCCGAGACAUUCAAGGCUCGAUGCUCGUGUUCUCACCCCAGCAGUGGAGGCCUUAUCCUUGUCACCACUUUAAUGAAAAAAAAAAAGUAAAUUUUCUUCUCCACACUGAGACAUCAGCACAAUGCCCUUUAAAUUACUCACUAUAAACGGGAAGGUUCGAACCUGACGCAUGAAUGACCAAUGUUUCCAAAGUCUGAUCCUCUAUCGGCGCGCCAUCCCGUCUCAGUUCACUCCUGCUCUCAGGGCCGCUAAGCCUCUUUUUAUCUAAACACUCACUCCCUGAUUUGUGGAAUUUCCCUGAAUAAAAAUGAAUAACUAUAUUUUGAAAGGUACGAGAGUGUAAAUAUUGAUGAUGCAGAUGUUAGAAAUGUUACUUGUUAAAAGGGUUUGAGUGAGCAGUGUGGCGUGAGAUACAGACGGCCCAUGAGGCUUCAUUCUUCCCUGUGUUCAUUUUCGAUACGCACUCGUUCUUAUCCAGUGACCUAGUUCUUCUUCAGUAUCAUAUUCAAUGCACUCACAACUGGCCGUCUUAUAACUCUUCUUAAUAUAAUCCAAUGCCUGGAGAAAGAAUCCAUCCCAUUCGAUGUUCGGUGUGUUAAGUCCAGCCUCGCCCAAUGCGUAUAAGCUUACUAUCAUGUCUGCGUCUCUUUGUCUUGGUAAUUUGUUAGACAAGAUGCUUGAGUUGGUAUCAAGGUAGGUCGCAAGUGUUCUUUGUUAAGAGUCACAAUGUUGCUUCUGUGUCACUGUUCCCAGAGGGUAAUGAGCUUAACUAGGGUUGAGGAAGAGGCCUGGAGGCGCUGUUGUGCUUAGAAAUUAUGUUGCCUGUUCGCCCCUCAGCCCCCAUGUGAGUGUCCGCCAGAGAAGGCACGUGGCAUGAGAGACCCCACCUUGAGGUGGCAUGUUCAAAGCGUAGUAAGACAACAAGUAAAUGUAAACACCUCGUGAAGGAGAGAGCGAGAACUUAGCAACGUGGGGGGGACUGAGGCAGUGAGCAGCGCUUGACAUGCGGGAGUCCAGCAGCUGGGCGGCCACCCCACCCGGCAGGUUUUUGACGAAUGUGUACUAAAUGUUGAAGUGUCAGAUGGCAACUUAUUUUUUCAUAGGUAGUGUCCCGGUUAUAUAAAUACGAGGUGCCGGAACAGAUUUGUUGUACUGCUACUGUAGGCUAUGUUGUUAUUGUUGGAAGAGGAAUUUUAUCAAAACAGUAAUUAUUGAGUUGCAUUAUAGUGUAAUAUUUUCCUGCCUGGAGCAGGUAGAGUUAAGGGUGUUGAGCCAAGUUCAGCCACGCGGCCCGCACACCCCUGUGGCCACAACCCCGGCGGGGCUGUGGGGAGGCUGUGCUGACACCAGCAGUGGUUCAAGGCGGUAGGUGUUGGCGGUGGAACAUUUAGCGGACCAGUGUGAGGGUGUAGUGCGGCGCCGUGUAGGUGUGAGCGGUUCCUGGUGUCCUGUAGCAGAGUGUUGUCCCCACCUCCUUCUUGACAAAGAUAAUAAUAAUUGGUAUAACACUUAUUCACACAUCAGUAUUAUUCAUGUGUUGCUAAAGAUAACAAUCUAGGAACUGUAUUCAUGAUGCAUCGGUGAUAUAUUCAAAUCCACACCAGGUUAUUGCACCUUAGCCGUGCCCGUGAUGACAACUGACGUUCACAUGGGGAGGAAAUUCUGCCUCGGAGACACCCGCGACUCGCUACAGAUGAUCGAGGAAGCAGUUUACGACAAUUACAUGUAGAUUCCGAUCCAGCGCGACAGUUUCCCGAAAGAACACGUUGAGAAAUACUGUUGUUGAGAGCAUGCAACGAGUCACUUUGAGUGAGAUAUCCAGCUUUCCUGAGCGUCCGAAGUUGAGCUUGGUGUCGUCCUUGCUGGACACGUGAGCACCGCCACGACAUGCAAUGACGGUGCUCCCGGGGCAGUAGCGGCGAUACGCCCUCAUUUGUCACCCUCCUGCUCUCACCAGAUUGCAUGGCUGACCCGCAGCCUUAUGCUGAAAGCUUGGAGAUCAGAGGAACAAUUUUUUUGCAUCAAAGUCGUGUACUGUAUUCACCGUUUCACUCUUCAGAGGUGAUAGCCAAGAUCAUAGUGUGAUUACGUGUGUAAUAUGAAUAGUAGAGUGUCGUAAGAGAGUUAACAACAACAAUAGAUAUAUUUGAUAGAGCGAGACAUUUGAAUAGAUAAAUGUCACAAGUAUUUAAGAAUAUGUCUAUAAAGAAAUAUAUGUAAGCAACAGUAAAACAAGAAUUCCAUAUUGCAGUGAUACAUAGCUUCAUCAGUGUGUGUGUGUGUGUGUGUGUGUGUGUAUAUAUAUAUAUAUAUAUAUAUAUAUAUAUAUAUAUAUAUAUAUAUAUAUAUAUAUAUAUAUAUAUAUAUAUAUAUAUAUAUAUAUAACAACACAUUAUGGUUUCGUUGUUAUAACAUAGUGAAGAAUCGGCUAACAUUCUUGCCUUGUCUUGCCAAGUUCACCAGAAUGUUGCCUCUCAACAGCAGGUUCACAAUAACUGUGCACUGGUACAAGCUGGCAAGGGGCCUGUAAAGUUUAGGUGGAUCCUCCAGCUGGUUCAAGUAAAGGAAUUAUUGGUUCUGUAGAGAACUGUGGCGCGUAAAGUCAUUUGUUUAUAUAUAUAUAUAUAUAUAUAUAUAUAUAUAUAUAUAUAUAUAUAUAUAUAUAUAUAUAUAUAUAUAUAUAUAUAUAUAUAUAUAGACACAUACACACACACACACACACACACACACGGAGAUCAGACUAAGAGAAGCACACUUAUUUUAACUUUUCAGUGCUUUGUUCUUAUUGUUUGAUAAGACUCUUGUCACAUUGUUGGUCCCUUUAGUUCCUCUCAUUCACGACCCUGGAAACAAGGUCCGUGGCUGGCGAGGUCCACCAGACACACUGCAAUGUUCACGUUGACGGGCUCAGCGCCAGCUGUUGCCUGAUGUGCACAGGUGCAGUGGAAAGCCAUGCGACCUUCACUCUGUUCCACGCUGAGAUUUUUAUCCCCUUACCACGUGUCCCUUGUGUCGCCAGACCCGCAGUACCCUCAGUGUCCUGCUCCAGUACUUGAGUGUAGCCAGUCAGUCAUACAUCAAUGUCAAGAAUACUCAGCUGACCACACCACCAGCAGGUAGCGAGAGCCGUGACGCAGCCUUGUAUGUGGGAAACGCUCACUCACCUGACGCUUGCAUAGAAAAAUCUCUCCUUCUGUACUGCUUAAAAGAAUGUGUACCAUGGAGCAGUGUAACAUAUAGCCACUGUAUAACAUAUAUGUACAGCAUAUGUAAUUUUUUGUAUAAGAUUACACUCAAAGUAUGCAGACUGGUAUAGACAUAGUAUAUACCUCACACACACAUACAAGGAACCAUCCGAUAAGUAUUACUCCACCACGCCAGAUAGAUAACCCAGUCCACUAUGCACAGAGCUCCUCCUCGCGUACACCUUCCAAACACUGGCUGUUCACAAAAGAAUAAAGCAAAAUGACAAACAUUAAACUUUUUUUUUCAAGACUGCAAAGGAAAUACAUUUACAAAGAUGUGGAAAUUUUUCGUUUUUCCAUUUUUUUUUUUUUUUUUUUUCGUCACGUGGCCACGAGCUCUGGCAUAGUAGAGGAGUAGUUGUAUUACAAUAGUCUCCACGUGUUUUGUACUCGAGAGCCUCAGUAUCACUCCCACCAGCUUGCAGAAAUCCUGUUCAGAUGACACCCCGACUCUGUCCUCUGCUCGACGGCUCUUCAGUGAGUGAUGCGACUUGGUGCAGUGCGCGCCUCGCCUCCAUUCCUCAAUUCACCUUCCAGCUUCAUGUUUCUCUCACUGGCGAAUUAUGACUGAACACUAUUUUCUCCGCCUCUCUCUCAUGAGUAACUGGUUGUGUUCGGUGACAUGGUGACUUCUUGAUGUAAUUUUAAAAACUAACAGUUAGUGAGAAGAAGUAUGGUAUGUUGUAGUCGAGCAUGUAACACCACCACCACCUGUGCGGGGCGGCAUGACACCUGUAGAGAACACACGCUAACCUGUACUGAGUGUUUAAGUGACGCCAAGGCAGAGCAACACAAGAGAGAAUAUAGAGUAAUGUUUACUUAACAUUUAUAUCAUGUGUAUUUUAAGUGACUUUAAUUUAAAAUAGCAUUUCAGUUUAUAUAGUCAUCAUUGUAUGCAGACAGAAGCGCAUAUAUAUAUAUAUAUAUAUAUAUAUAUAUAUAUAUAUAUAUAUAUAUAUAUAUAUAUAUAUAUAUAUAUAUAUAUAUAUAUAUAUAUAUGAGUUAGUAUUAGAUAUACUUUGUAGACAUUUAUAUACGUGACUCAGGUGGCCAUUUUAGGUUCGACCAAGGUGGAUGUGGCGGUGAGGUAUCUAAUUACUGCAUUCGAUUACUCUUUACUUGUAUCUGUCGACCAAACAGGAGUUGUAUUACUGCACGUGUGUUCCCUACCUCCCCUCAGCGUCAGGUGAAGCAGGCGACAGGAGCGAGCUGGUGACGAUGCUGUGUUCUCUAUCACUGUAGCUUGUAAUGGCUAGAUUUUCUGAAGCUGAUAUAUUUAAAGGAAACUAAAGUCGUGAUUAUAUUUUUAAUGCGAUAUGUACCUACUGUCCUUGUAUACUGCAUAAUAUUUUUCGAAGUUAACCUCCACUCGAUUGGAAGGAUUUCACCCACGUGUUCACCCACGUGUUUAAUCACCACCAUGAGUCGCAUGUAUUUUUUUUUUUUUUCUCUCACUAUAAAGCUCAGUGGAUCUAGCCGAAAAUAUGUAUUUAUUCCCUGAUAUUCUGACUGGUAGGCGAGAGUGUGACCAACCCCGUCCUUGUCACUCUCUUCGGCAGCCCACCGCCCGCUGCCUCCUGAAGGGAACCUGUGGGGAAGUGUUGUGGGCCGCGAGGCGUGAGGAAGAAUGUUAGGGAAAUGUUGAUGAAUAGAUGAGGAUUUAUCCAUACUUGUAAUGGAUCCCAGAACCUCCUUAUCCUCCGACUGUCAUUUACUGUGUCAGGGAUGAGCGUCUGUUCUGUUCAUCUGCACGAGGAGCUGCUGUGGCCCGACACGACCCUACGCUCACGUGCGUGGGCUGCCCGCGAUCCAGAUCAGUUAACCACGAGAGCUUCACGUUAGAAUAUUUACACAGAAAAUGGGCAAUAUAGCGAUCUGUCCUUCUUGCACGGAAGCCGAGUCUAGUGUUGCCUUCCGCACCGCCAGCAGCGGCGAGGCCCUAGAGGACGGACGCCCCGCCCGACACCUGCUGCUCGCUAGGGUGUGUGGCGUGACACCGCCCCCAACACCACUGCACACCGUCUCUUUAGCAGCUAAAUCUUCAAGCGAUAGAAAAUAGCAUAGGAAGGUUCAGAGAAAAGUGUUAGCAGGUGUCACUUCUUCCCCUUGACCGUGUAGCGGUGAUGUCCAACACAAUACCUUCUUGACACAUCCUUUAGAUAAGGACUUAGAAACGAGGAGUGUCAGUCUAAAAAAAAAAAAAAAUUCUCAUGGUUUACAAUCAGGCAUUCAGUGUAUUUCUAUGGAGUAAAAUAUAAUUGAUCAUGUAACUUGGCACGGCAAAGUAUUAUAUUAAAGAUUAUAACCACAAGAUAUAUAGAACAUUUGUGCGACUGUCGUUGAGCACUGUACCAGUAUAUCACUACGUCAGUAUAUUGUACCAAGCAGCUGAUAAUAAAAGAUCUA